UGAGGAAGUUACAUUUUAUAAUACGUGAUACAUUGUGAACUAAACGUGUGAUAUUUAAUACAAGUGACUGUUUACGUUUUUGUAUUCAUACUAACGAAUGUUACAGUUUUUGAUUUUCUAUAAGAACCAAUCUAGAUGAAGCAACGAUUGACUUGAAAAAUUUACAUGAAAUCGACUUGGGUAUAAAAUAGAUGGAAUACGGCGUUUUAGUCUUUUGAUAACUUAACAAACAGGCAGUGCAUAAGAAUGCCUACAGAUCAAAGAUUGAACAUUAUUCUCGUUUUGAUUUUAUGUAUCAACAGCAAAGUUUUGGCAAAAUCAUUGUUUGAAGAUAGUCACUUAAAUGAAUUCAUCAACUCCAGAAAGCUGGGUGAAGAUGGGUUCAAUGAGUUUGAGUUGACAUCAGUCCAAGAGGUUACACGUUCACAUCAACAAAGCCUAGAUGCUUCCUCAAUCCAUCGACGAAGACGGUCUGUAGACUCUACAGAAUCGUAUGAUAUUGAAAUAUCUGCAUUUGGGGAAUCCUACAAAAUGACUCUUCAACAUACCAAGUCAGUACUUCAUCCGUCAGCUAAGGUUUCCAUAAUAACUGAUGCUGAUGAAGAAGAAACGGAAUGGAAUGGAGACCAUCCGGAUUGUUUUCUGAUUGGAAAUGUCCAUUCCCAUGACGGAACUGUCUCUGCAUCAUUUUGCGAAGAAUUGCGUGGAAUGAUGUCAACUAGCCACCAUGAACUUCACUUUGAAGUACUGCCACAUCAUAUUCGAAAACGGAGUACGUUAAGUAGUAAACAACAUACAACAGUGAUAGCAAGAAAACGAAGAGAAGAUUUAAUGUUCUCAGAUUUAAGACAAAAGAAUGAUAUAAACCAAACUGAAUAUAAUCAUAAAAGAAAACAAAAACGGUCGGUGCCUUCUAAUGACUUCACAAUCGAAUUGGCAGUGUAUUGUGAUGCUGACUUCUUGACUUAUAAAUUACCAACUACUAACAUGACCCGCAGAGUGGAAAUCAUGCUUUGCAAAUAUAAUGCAGUACAGUGUGAAUGGAGUCGUGCUGAUGUGUUAAAUUAUAACGUAACUCUAUCAAUCAAACUUUUGACGUUUUUAGAUACAAACCCGUCCUGGUACAAUGCUUCCACUUCUCUAUCGGUUCCUUUGAACACUAUCUGUAUGGGAACCCAAGCUGGUCUAGCGUACGAUCAUGUACAUGUUCACACAGGCAUACCUAAUCCAGAAUUAGGGGGAUUAGCUUAUCAAAGUCAAGUAUGCAAUGCUAGGUACAGAUGUGGUGUUUCUGCAGAUGGGAUUAUAACAUAUGGAACGACAGUACAUGAAAUGGGCCAUAACAUGGGUAUGCUGCAUGACGCCGAUAGAAAUUGUUUAUCUCCAGACGUUGGUAUAAUGGGUGGUGCUGGCGUCGGAUGGAGUACAUGUAGUGUCAAUGAUAUGAACACAAUGUUACAAACUGGCAAUCAUGGAUGUCUAUGGAUAGACAAUAUUGCUGAUAAUGAAGUUACUCCAGCAUCUUUACUUGGGAAACCAUUAGUACCAGAACUUCCAGGUCAGUUGAAGACAGCAGAUGAAAUAUGUGAACAGUUAUACGGAAGUGGAUUUAGAUACCGUGAAUAUCCGAAUGUUGUUAACCCUUCUUGUAACCUGUAUAGUUGUGUCAAUCAUAAUGUUGGGAAUAAACAUGGUCAGAUGUUCAAGCAGUCUAAUUCUAUUACCGGUCUAUACUGUGAAGAUCAAAAGAUCUGCUUUGGCGGUGCGUGUGUUGAUUGGUCUGAAGCUCAAUUAACUAAUCCUGAAGUACGUGCAGGAGGGUGGUCAGAUUGGGAAGCCUGGACAACCUGUUCCCGUACAUGUGGACGAGGAAUGAUUUACAGACGACGAAUAUGUAAUAACCCAACUCCAAAGAACAAUGCUACUUGCGAUGGCAAUGAAUACGAAGCGCAAGGUUGUAGUCUAACGCCGUGCGUUGGAGACAAUAGCAUUGAUUCUAAUCUUAUAAUACAAAGAGCAACAGAGACAUGUCAAAGACUAAUUGAUAACAACAUCAUUAAUGGAACAGAGUAUACAGCUUCAGGAACUAUUUACUCAUCGUUAAACCAUGGUGUAUGUGAAGUUUUGUGUGAAUCGACUCCGGGGUAUACUAGACCUGAUUUUACAAGAUUUGGAUUGAUAGAAAACGGUACGCCGUGUCCUGGAACUUUAGAAACAGCUGAUGCGAAUCAAUAUUCUCGACGCCCAGGGUUUUAUUAUUCCUGCUUAGAGGGUUAUUGUCAGAAAUUUGACUGCGCCAACACUCUGAAUGAUGGUGUAUUUGAUGGAUGUGGCGUGUGUAAUGGUGACAAUAGUACAUGUAUUAUCCGAGAGGGAAAUUUUACUGAUGAUGUGGCUCUAUGGGGACAACGCGAAUGGACAGAAAUUCCUGUUGGCGCAUAUAACAUAGAAAUAUCAUUUGUAUAUAACGAUAUGAAGAAUUAUUAUACAGAAAUAUAUACUAAAGAGGGGACUCCAAUAAUAACUAGUAGCGUCGACGAUGAUACCAGAAUAUUUCAAACUGGUAAUAGUCCGGUCAGUUUUGGUGGAACUUUAUGGCAUAAUGAUGCUUAUGUUGCGAUAAUGCAUACCAAAGGACCAUUGACAGAGCCGGUGAUUGUGAAGGUGUACAGUUUUGGAUCGAACAGUAAUACUGGAAUGAAAUAUAUUUAUUCUGUUCCCACCGACAUUGACUCAUGUUCAGGGACAUGUGGGAAUGGCACGUGGAAUACAGAUAUUUGUGCUUGUGAUUGUCUAAGUGGAUAUACUGGGAGUCUGUGCACCAGUCAAUGUUCUGCGCUAUGUAAUAAUGGAGCAGCUAUGAAUGAAUCCUGUGCAUGCAUAUGCAACGAAAAACAGUACGGAAGCAAAUGUGAUUGUCUUUACCCUUUUACCGGUGGAUACUGUGAUACGUGUACAUUUGUAACUUGUGAAAAUGAUGGUGUAUUUAAUGCCACAUCAUGUAGUUGCGCAUGUUUAGAUGGUAAUGAUGAAGCUCAAUGUAAAGUUGAACAGUCAACUACUACUGUUUCCAGUACUACAAUUGCAAGUGGUUCCAGUUCCAGUGAGUAUAAUGAUGACUUCGAUAAUACGAUUAUCAUAAUUGUGGUUGUUUGUGUGGUAUUGAUAGGGAUAGGGAUAGUUCUUAUAGGAUGUUGGUGUAUCAUAGUCAUAAUCUGUAAGAAAAAAAAAUGUUGUGUUGUCUCCAACAAAUGUUGUUUUUGUUGUGUUGUCAGCAACAUAUGUUGUUUUUGUUGUGUUGUCAGCAACAGAUGUUCUGUUUUCUCCAACAAAUGUUCGGAUAAAGCUGUCUUUACAAAAGUUAUUCCAAUAAAAAGAUGACUCAAUGCUCAUGUUUGCAUUUCCAAUUUAACAAUACUAUUUAUUUAAAUUCUGGCUUGCAGUGUAACCUGAAGGUUUAUUUCUUACUUUACUUAUUAUAAUUAAUAAGCACACAUUAAAGAUGAUUAUAUCUAGGACAACUAUAGUGUAUCAAAUGAACAGACAGAAAGGCAUUUUCAUACUAGAUAUUGUUAUUUCCGUCCAAAUUUUUUUUAUUAUUGUUAAGUUUGAGUAUUGUUAUAUUGUUUGUUUAUGUUGUAUUCUUCUCACAUUGAAUGUAAUUUUAAAUAAAGAUUUUUUUUUAUAAAA